AUGGCCUUCAAGCUCAACAUCGGCCUUCUGGCUCUUUCUCUUUCGCUUUCGCUGGUGCACCUUGAUGGUGUCCGCGCUGGAAUGGCAACACGAUACUGGGACUGCUGUCUCGCUAGCGCGAGCUGGGAGGGAAAGGCACCCGUGUAUGCUCCCGUCGACGCUUGCAAGGCGGAUGGUGUCACACUGAUCGACUCCAAGAAGGACCCCUCUGGACAAAGUGGAUGCAACGGUGGCAACAAGUUCAUGUGUAGCUGCAUGCAACCGUUUGAUGACGAGACGGACCCCACUCUGGCUUUUGGAUUUGGUGCCUUCACCACUGGACAAGAAUCGGACACUGACUGUGCUUGCUUCUAUGCCGAGUUUGAACAUGAUGCUCAAGGAAAGGCCAUGAAGAGGAACAAGCUCAUCUUCCAGGUCACCAACGUUGGUGGCGAUGUUCAGAGCCAGAACUUCGACUUCCAAAUCCCUGGUGGAGGAUUGGGUGCUUUCCCCAAGGGCUGCCCUGCACAGUGGGGAGUUGAAGCUUCCCUGUGGGGCGACCAGUACGGAGGUGUCAAGUCGGCCACUGAAUGCAGCAAACUGCCCAAACCUCUCCAGGAAGGCUGCAAGUGGCGCUUCUCGGAGUGGGGCGACAACCCGGUCCUCAAGGGUUCGCCCAAGCGUGUCAAGUGUCCCAAGAGCUUGAUUGACCGUUCCGGCUGCCAGCGCAAGGAUGACAACACGAUCAGCCCUUACUCGGGCAAGGUCGACAGCGCCAACACUGCUGCACCUGCUCAGUACAAACGCGAUCGAAGCGUCUGCUUGGCGGGCGGUAAGAAAGGCAAAUCCGCUGCCGGUGGUGUUGACGGAUCUGGCGAUGCCAGCGGUGGUGCUGAUGCUAGUGGUGCUGGUGGCGCUGCUGAAGGUAGCCAAGGUCAGCCCGAGGGCUACGGCCAGCCUUCGGGAGGAAAUGAUCAGGGUUCUUCUAACGGUGAUGCUACCACUGGAGCCGGUUCUGGUUCUGGUUCUGAUUCUGGUUCCACCGCCAACGGCAGCGGCAGCGGAGCUCCUACUUCUGGUAGCGACGGCUCUGCUGUUGCACCUCCUUCGGGCGGCAGCAAUCCUGGCGCUGCUCAAGGCGGUCAGGGUGGUGCUCAGCCCGGCCCUUCUGGCGGCCACAAGAAGUGCCACAAGAAGCACUAA